UGGCAAGGGACCGGCCACCCGGGCGCCUUCCCUGCAGGGGCUCGACACGUCGUCACGGAUGACUCCAAACAGAAGGGGAAACGACAGUCCACCUCAGAAAACGUGGCGCGAACCGCAAACAGCGAAGUGCCAGGGGAAGGGGGGGGAAGAGAACAACACAACCCUCGUCCGCACAGACACUCCACUCCCCACAAGUACGUGCCCAAACGGCGGACAGACCACAACCUGCCCCGUCCCCCCUUACAACAGCCGGUCGCACCUCACACAGACACAGCACGCAAUGGCACCCCCAUACUGGCAGAAAAAACCCGAGCCACAGACCAAAAUCUGCCUUGUCCCCCCCAGCAACAACCUGCCAUAGCUCACACGGACACAGCAAACCACGGUACUCCUGUGUCGAUAGUGAUGUCCCGUGCCUCCCGCGGUGGCAACAACGAUGCCCCCGCCCCCUCGAAAGACGUCCGGAAGCAACAGCCGCGAGACAAAGGGGCGGACAAGGGGGUGAGAGAUCGGGAACCGAACGCAGGACAAACGGGGAAUCCAGCACAGGGGGUGCAGAACGGCGAGAGUGACGACCUGUCUCGACAACAGUCCACUCCCGCUGGCCAGCACCUCAAAGCAUCGACCACCCUGUCAUCCUCAGGACAGCAGCCCUCGAUGGCAGGACCUUCGAUGCCGCCGUGUGCUGACAGUGCCCUCGACCAAGGGCCUUCAGCCCGCCCGAUGACAUUGUCACCGCAAGGCAUGUGGGGCAAAGCAAACUCUUUGCUUAAUAAAAUCAAAAGGGCUCCCCUUCUUCAGCCCCGGGUCCAACAACUGCUGGACCCGCCACCUUCUGAUGCCCACGACCGCGGUGGCCUCAGCCCCCAUGCCAGUCCACGGCCGCCAUUGUCCGAGCCCACCCGCUUGAGCAGUCAGACCCCCGACCAGGCCGACCGGCCCCAGAAGCAGCUCACGUCUAAAGACGACAUGGUGGCCCAGCAGCAAGCGCUACCAGGCGCUCAACAACAAUCCCUGCAACAGCAGCUGCAACGCCAGCAAGAGGAACAACACUGCCAACUCCAGCUGCACGAGGAGGGGGCCCGACGACAGUUGCAUGAGCAACAGUCCCGAUGCCAGAAUGAAAAGCAAGAGCAACAACACCUGCUCCCCCUUGAGGACCAGCGCCUCCCCAUGCAAGAGGAACAGCAUCACCCCCGGCUGCAACAGGAGCAAGAUGCUCACCAACAUGAGCACCAUGAUCACCAGCCAUUGCUGCAACAACAAUUGCACCUCCAGCACGAGGAACAAAAGCAGCAACAGGCCCAAUGCCAACAUGAGGGGCAACAACAACAACGCCUGCUCCUCCUCCGCCAGCAGGAGGCAGAGCAGCUCCGCCAGCAGAAGGUGGAGCAGCUCCGCCUCCGGCAGCAGCAAGAGCAAGAGGCUCACCAGCAACUGCUGCAGAAACAGUUGCACCACCAACACGACGAGCACGAGCAGCAGUGCCACAUCCAACAUCAACUUCAAGUCCAUCACGACCAGGAGAUCAAACAACAACUGCUGCAGCAGCAACAGCAACAGCUUCUCGGCCAGCUGCACCAACAAACUUACUUCGAAGAACAACUCCAGCUCUUGCUCAAGACACAGACGAUGCAGAGCCACAACCAACAGCUGCAAGACAGAAUGCUCCAACAGCAACACCUCCAUCUGCAGUGGCAGCAACACCUUUGCUGUCAGCACCAGCAGAUCCUCCAGCAACAGCAACACCAGUUGCAGGCCUAUUGGCAAGAGGAGAUGGCACAGCAAAACCAGCUGGCACAGCAGCAGCAUCACCUCCCCCAGAUGGAGUUCCCUGCCAGUACUGUACACGCCCUGCCUCUGCUGCCUGGCCCGGACCACUGCCGGCCGGCUUCUGAUGCACAGGAAGUCAGGCCCAUGGACACAUCAGCUCCGCCAGACGACGAUCCGGCCCACCUAGGAGGGCAACUAAACCGACAGCUCCCGCCCCCUCCUGCUGAUGUGGAUGUGGAAGCUUCCCCCGACACCCUGUCACUCACAGACCACGUUGAAGUUAAACAGAAGCUGCACUUCCUCACAAACUGGACUUUGAUGAAGAUCUUUUCCCUUACAGAUGACAGGCCGGCUGAUAAACUCAAAACCGGAUAUUGGGAGCAGGCUCAGAACGUUCUCAUGCACAGCCCACGGACUCUGGCCACGGUCCAAAAAUACAAUGACGUCGCCACUAUAGAUUGGAUGGAUGUAGGGGCGGCCAUAGUGUUCGUCGUCAAUGAAUUUCUGGAUAAAAUGGAAUCAUUCGCCACUGGCAGACAGAAACAAGUGGAUGUGGCUGGGCAUCCCGGUCCCCAUCCCGCACAAGACGACGCGUUCCUCCAUGAGGGCCUCCCCUGGCUGAAGCCUCUGGUUCAUGAGCUCUGCAACACGCUGUAUGGCCCGCCUCUUGACCAGUUGGAGCAGUUGGGUCAGCAUAGCCCCCCGUCCGCAGGCCAGAUUGUCCAGUCACAAGUUGUGGAACAGCGACCGCGGGUUCCUCUCGCCCGCCUCCGGCAUGCAGAUAUUCUGCAGGACGAUGAUGACGCCCCGUCCGAUCAUGAGACGGACGAGAUGAAUCUCCCGCUCACGCUGCCAAAAAAGCUGAAGGACCUGGUGAGACUGCAACAUGAUGAUACUGGCCCUGCGUCCAUGCCACCGGGGGUGGUCCUCCUUCCGCUCCGAAGAGCAAAGGAAGAGGGGGAGUGGCUGCUCGGCCUUCGACCCCCGUCUGGCCCCCCGGACACCGCCUUCCCGUCGACCGGCUUCACUGUGAAAGGGUGGACGGGGACCCCCUCCACUGCGGCUAUACUGAAGCGCCUGAAAAACUGGGUUAACGAUACCACGAUACCAGGAGUGCGAGGUGCGGUGCUCCCGAAGUCCCUCUCUUUCCCCCAGGGUAUCGUCCCGGUGAUCGUGCUCAUUGACCCACGGUCACGCAGCAGGGAGCCGCCCACCUUCCGCUGGUUCUCCCACCACGAUCUCAUGAACCUCAGCACGGCGAGCUUUCAUGCUACUAGUGCAUCUGCUCUGCUCCGUGCGCUCCUCCUUAUGCAAAUCUUGCUGGAAGACAAUGUGUUGGAGGAGCACAAUCAAUGGGAUGACUCACCGUUUGUGCUCCCAAUUAAACACUAGGACAGGACCCUACGAACACG